AUGGAUCAAGAACGAUGUUAUAUAUGCUUAGGGACAUCACAAGACUCACCGCCAUUAUCUACUUCCAGGGAUUCUAAAAAACUAAUUAGAGUAUGUCCAUGUUCUUUAAGAGCUCAUAAACGUUGUUUAAUAGAUUGGAUAUCAGAUUUUGAAUUUAAUAAACUGAGAGAUUCAGAUGAUUUAACAAAUAUGGUAAACCAGGGGAAUAAUCAAGGUGGUUAUAGAUUUGGUGUUCCCUUGGGGAAUAUAGGUUCAAGUAGGUAUCAAGUUAUUCAAAAUCAAAUUAAAUGUCCUCAAUGUUCAACUCCAUUAAUUUUGUUUAUGAAACCAAGUAAAAUCUUAAGUUUACAUGGAUUAAUAAAAGCUGGAUUAAGUGAUUUUUCCAAGACUGGUACUUUAGCUAUAUUGGGAUCCGCUGGUGUUUUCACCGUUUCUGUUACCGCUUUGGGGAUAUUAGUUUCUCUUGGAUUGAAAAUGUUUAGUUGGUUAGCUCCUGAUAGUGUCUUGACUAAAUUAUUAGGUUUUAAGAAUAAAUCUAUUGAUAAAGCUUUUAAAAAUGAAGAAGUUGGUGGUAGGCAAUUAGGUUUAAUUGGUGGAUUCCCUGUUUUCCUUUGGGGGUUAAGAAGCUCAAAUCUUUAUAUGGAUAUUUUUGCCACUUUAUAUCCAACUUUAUUAUUUAAAAACCCAGAAGAAAUUCAAAAUCUUAAUUGGAAAAAUCCUAAAUUAUAUUUAUUAUUAAGUCAACCUUUGAAAAGACUUUAUAAUUUGGGGUUUUCUUUAACUUUUAAUAAAAUUUAUUAUAAUUGGACAAGAUUUAUAAAACCAAUUUUUUUAGCUGAUAGAAUUUCUUUAGAAGAAUUAAAUGAAAUUGAAGAAGAAAAUUCUGAAUUAAAUGAAUUAAAAGAUUUAAAAUUUUUAAAAAAUCAAAACUCAUCAAAUCCUGCAACCCAGAAUUUAAAUUUUAUUCAAAAAUUAUAUAAUAAAAUAUUUGGUUCAUCACCAAAAGAAAGAUCAAUAAUCCAGAAAAAAAGAAUAAGAGAUCUUAAAUCAAUUUUGACAAGAGAUUAUUCUCAAGUUUUCCAAAAACAAAAAUCCAUAUCAUUAAAGAUUUUAACCACAAUAAUUUGGCCAUUAAUAAGUUCUAAAAUUUCUUUAAUUUUAUUACAAACUUCACCAAGUUAUAAUGAAUUUAUUAAUAAUUUUAGUGGGGGAACCCCGGAUGAUGCUACUUAUUUAUCUAAUUUAUUGAUUAGUUUGAGUUUAGUUUUGAUUAAAGAUUUUUAUAAUUUAUUUAUUGCUUAUAAAGAAGUUAAAUUUUUAUCUGGGUUAGGUGUUGUGGAACAUGAAGAAGAAGCAGAAGAGGAUGAAGAGGAAGAGGAUGAAGAGGAAGAAUCAGAAGAAGAAUCAGAGGGAGAAGAAGAAGAAUCAGAAGAGGAACAAGAACCAAGACAACAAAGAAAUAUUACAAUUCAUGAUAUCCCUUUCGAAUUAAUGGAAACUAAUUCAGAUUUCCAAUUUAAUUUUGAUGCUGAAGAUGAAAUGAUCAAUACAGUAUUCAAUUUUGAUGGGAAUUUAGCAAAUCAUCCUGAAAUGGAAGAUGAAGUUGAAUUAUUUAGGAAAAGUUUUAGAUUAAAACAAUGUGAAUCUGAAACAAAUCGUCGUUUGAUUCAAUAUGAUAUAAAUCAUCCAAAUAAUAAAUUAUCUUCAUUAUUUACUACUGAGGAAUUAAUAAUUGUUAAGAAAUUCAUUGUUGCAAGAAUAUUUGUAUUAGAACAACGUGAAUUUUUUGAAAAUCAUGAUUUAGAACAUGAAAUGGAUUAUGAAGUGAGUCAAAGACAUAUUCCAGAAUCAACUAGAACUUCUCCGGUACAACGUGGUGACUUGAAUCUUCCAGAAUAA